AAGGAAGCCUAGACAGCUCACCAGAAGCACAGUCAGCAGCUGCAUUGUCGAUUCUCGUGCGUCGGUUUCACCGACACGGUCUGCCGGUGUAAGUUGCCCGUCCUAAGAUUAUAGUACCGCCACUUAAGCCGCCCAAAGCUUGACUCGAAGGCUGAUCUACACAACACCGGUGAACGGCCUAUCAUCAGCCGGGUAUUCGCUAACUCAAUCAAUAUGCCGAUCUGUUGACUGGGUAGAGGGGAAAGCCGAGCUAUGAUGUGCCGGCGCUGGCGUGGCUGGCUGCGAGGGUAUCUCUUCAACAAUGUUUUAUGUAUGUUGUGCAUUGUCAGAAUCCAAACACUGCUGCUCAAGAUUCCAGAAUUUAAGUGGCGCGCAGAAAAUACUUCGCGCAGUGAGACAUUGACUUGUGACGCAAUGCAACCUCGCCAAACCCGCGCCAACGACAACGUCUUCCCUCACCCUCAUCACAGUCAUCGCUUUGCCAUCUCACAACCCGCUCGCUUGGAGCACGUUUUCGGUUCCCCACGCUUACCGGAUAUCAGCUCGCAUCAGGCUUCCGGAAUUGCCAUGCAUGUGGGUCAGCCUUGCGCUAGCGGUGUGUUGGUCGUGGUUUCAGCUUCUACUAGGAAUGAUCGACAUACCUUGUUCGGCCACAGUCAGCUCCACGGCAGCCAUGCGUGUCGUGCUGCGCUUGCGCUUAAGCCUUGCGAAGCUUUGUACACAUUAGCCCUGCGUCGAUCGGUGCUCGGGUCUUGCUGGACGCCGGACACGGCACGAGGCGAGAUGCGUAUUGUGUAAGUCCACCAGUGUUAGCCAAUGCUAACAAGGACUUGAGAGCGGCAGUCAUUGUACGAGACCCGUGGGACGGCAGUCGAUUGUCAGCUUUGAAGCCGUUGGCUGCUAGUUGCGAGGCGAUGAGAGAUAUGUGGAGAUGCUCGACACUUCACGUGCUCACGCUCACGGCAAGACCGGUGGAAAUGCAACACUGCGGUGGCCACCACGUUCCGCGGACCAUUAGGUGAGCAGAAUUGGUCAGG